CCCCUAGCGCCGUCGCCUCGCCUCCUAUUUCCACUCGCUCGCCUCACGCUUCCCACACUGGUACGGCAAUCUAGUCUCUAGUCGCCGCCUCGCCACGAUCUUCCGCGCGCGCGCGCGAGAGAGGGAGAGAGUUGGGAGAGGAUGAGUUCUGGGCGCGGGUCCGCGGCGCCGGAGCGGGACAUCGACGACCUGCCGCGGAACGACGCCAACUACACGGCGCUCACGCCGCUCUGGUUCCUGGAGCGCGCCGCGCUGGCGCAGCCGGGCAGGGCCUCCGUCGUGCACGGCUCCGUGCGCUACACCUGGGCCGAGACCUACCGCCGGUGCCGCCGCCUCGCGUCCGCCCUCGCGCGCCGAUCCGUCGGUCCUGGAAGCACGGUUGCUGUAAUAGCCCCAAACAUCCCAGCAGUUUAUGAAGCUCAUUUUGGUGUUCCGAUGUCCGGAGCUGUUGUGAACUGCGUCAAUAUCAGGUUAAAUGCCGAGACAAUCGCAUUCCUUCUUGACCAUUCUGUGGCAGAAGUUGUGAUGGUGGACCAAGAAUUCUUCACUCUAGCUGAAGAAUCCCUGAAGAUACUCUCCGAGAAGAAGAAAUCUGCUUUCCGGCCUCCGAUCCUGGUCGUUAUCGGUGACCCAACCUGUGAUCCAAAGUCUCUGCACUAUGCUCUAGGAAAGGGAGCUAUGGAGUAUGAAGAGUUCCUGAAAACUGGUGACCCAGAGUUCAACUGGAAGCCACCAAGGGAUGAGUGGCAGAGCAUCGCCCUAGGCUACACUUCCGGGACUACUUCCAGCCCGAAAGGCGUCGUGCUGCAUCACCGCGGCGCCUAUCUCAUGGCGCUCAGUGUUGCUAUGGUGUGGGGAAUGCCUGAAGGUGCUGUCUACCUGUGGACUCUGCCCAUGUUCCACUGCAAUGGUUGGUGCUAUACUUGGGCGUUGGCAGCGUUCUGUGGAACAAGCAUAUGCCUUCGCCAGGUGAGCACAAAAGCGAUAUACCAUGGCAUCGCGAAGCAAGGAGUGACGCACUUAUGCGCUGCGCCGGUGGUCCUCAACAACCUCAUCAACGCCCCCGCGAGCGAGACCCUCCUGCCGCUCCCGCGCGUCGUGAACGUCAACGUGGCCGGCGCCGCCCCGACGCCGUCCCUGCUCGCCGCGCUGUCCAUCCGCGGCUUCCGCGUCACGCACACGUACGGCCUGUCGGAGACGUACGGGCCCUCGACGGUGUGCGCGUGGAGGCCCGAGUGGGACGAGCUGCCGCUGGAGGAGCGGUCCCGCCUGCACUGCCGCCAGGGCAUCCGCUACGUGGCGCUGGAAGGCCUGGACGUGGUGGACCCCAAGACGAUGGCGCCCGUCCCCGCCGACGGCGAGACCUACGGCGAGAUCGUGAUGCGGGGCAACGCCGUGAUGAAGGGCUACCUGAAGAACCCCAAGGCGAACGCGGAGGCGUUCGCGGGCGGGUGGUACCACUCGGGCGACCUGGGCGUGAGACACCCCGACGGGUACAUCGAGGUGAGGGACCGGAUGAAGGACGUGAUCAUCUCCGGCGGGGAGAACAUCAGCAGCCUGGAGGUGGAGAAGGUGGUGUGCGCGCACCCGGCGGUGCUGGAGGCGUCGGUGGUCGCCAGGGCCGACGAGCGGUGGGGGGAGUCGCCGUGCGCGUUCGUGACGCUCAAGGACGGGGCCGCCGCCGACGGCGGCUCGGAGGACACCGCGAGCGACAUCAUGCGCUUCUGCCGGGAGAGGAUGCCGGGGUACUGGGUGCCCAAGUCGGUCAUCUUCGGGCCGCUGCCCAAGACGGCCACGGGGAAGAUCAAGAAGCACGAGCUGAGGGCCAGGGCCAGGGAGCUGGGGCCUGUCAAGAACAGCAGGAUGUGAACCCUGCCUGGUGCAGAGACAUUUGUACAGGGGCAAAAGAAGAAACGGACGGUGUCAUCAAUCCAGAAAUUUCACAGAUAAAGUGAAGUAGCCGUCAAAAUCUUGGAAUUUCCAAAUAAGCAUAAGAAGUUUGGGUGUUCUUUAUUCAGUUGUAUAUAUCCUUCAGAGAUUCAGAUAAGACCUGUAUUUUACAGUCUGGAGCGAAAGUGGUUGCUGCGUACCUCUCACGUCUCCAUAUGCUAAGGAGAUGAUGCUUACUGUUCUAUUAUUCUC